AUGGGUUGUGCUGUAACAAAAAGUACGAUCACUGCCGUGAAGCCGGCUGGCGGUGUCAGCGCGAAUGAUUCCCCAGUUCCACCACCAGCUGAUCCUCGACUCCCCCUCACAAUGAAACAACGGUUCAGUAUUCUCAGUUCUUGGAAAGGAAUUGCUCGUGCAAUGGAAUCUACAGGCGUAACCAUGUUCAUUAAGCUGUUCCAAGAAAAUUCCGAUCUUCUAAAUCUGUUCACUAAGUUCCAGUCACUAAACACUCAAGAAUCCCAGAAGGAUAGUAUGGAACUUGCUCAACAUGCUUCCAUCGUCAUGGCAACCUUGGACGAAGGACUACGGGCUCUUGAUCGUGUGGAUUACUUUAUUGAGUAUUUAGAAUCCGUGGGGCGGUUUCAUCGAAAUAUUGCCAGUUUCAAGAAGGAGUAUUUCUGGAACAUUGAACAACCUUUCUUGGCUGCUGUUCAGGAAACUUUGGGAGAUCGGUACACAGCUAACAUGGAAAAUAUCUACAAAAUAACCAUCCACUUCAUACUGGAAACCAUUGUUAAGGGCUUCAACCUUCAUGAUGAACGAAGAAAAAGUCCUACGGCAAUUGAAAAUGUUUCUUAA